CUGCAAUCUAUAAAACUCUUCUAAUCUGCUAAUAUAUUUGGAAUUAGCUGUAAAUCAUCCACAGCAUACAUGCAUGCAGCGUAAAUUUUAGGAUCACUUGUCACCACCUUUGUAAUCCUCAGCGGGAAAAAUGGUGGAAAAAAAGAUCGGGAGUAUAUAUGCGUUUAUCAAUCUUUUCAAAGCAACUCUUGGAGUGGGAGCAUUCGCCAUGCCGCAGGCUUUCAAACUGGCUGGAUUUUGGACAGGCCUUGUUCUGACUGUUGUUAUUGGUUUUAUCAAUGCUCAUGGAAUGAUGAAGAUUGUGCAGAGCGCACAAUUUCUAGUGGCAAAGAGGCUAAACUUAAAAAGCACUCCAAACGGCGGCGCAAAGGUAUAUCCAGAGUCUACAUAUGAUUAUAUCGAGGCGGACACUGGUGAGGAUCAACCGGUAACCCUUAGGAAGCUUACAUUAGUUAAAGAGGAUGGCAAUGAUGAGAAUCAAAAGCAAAUAUUCACUGUUGAAAGCGAAAUCAAAAAGGAAGUAGAGGAAGAGACUGAGGAAGUCAACUUCGAUUACGGUGAGAUGGCUGGUGAAGCGUUUGCAAGUAACGAUUCACCAAAACUGCGGAAAUUUGGAAAACCUGCAAUGAUCUUCGUAAAUGUUGUCUUGAUCUGCCUCCAGCUGGGACUGAGCAGCGCAUUCUAUAUCUUUGUUGUAGACCAUGCGAAAGAGAUGGUUGAUCAUAUCUCUGGGAAAGACUUCAAUCGAAAAAACAUGUUUUUUGUUGUACUGCCAUUUUUCUUCCUCAUUGCAAGUGUUAGCAACGUGGUAUUCAUGUCAUUAAUUGGAUUAGCAGGAAUUGUUUUACUUAUGGUUCCACUAGUUAUACUUUACGUGCGUAUGUUCCAAAUGAGUCACCUUCCUAUAGGAAAAUUGACAGGAUUUUCGAAUAUCGAAGGCUUUUUCAUGUCUUGUGGGAACAUUAUUUUUGCUUAUAUAGGACAGGGUGUGCUACUGGGAAUUGAAAAUAAAAUGAAGAAACCGAAACAGAUGUUAGGCCUUCUUGGCGUCAUAAGUACUUCCAUGUUUCUUGUUACGUUGUUCAAUACCGCCACUGGACUUUUGGGCUAUAUCACUUACGGCGAAGAUUUGAAAGGAAGCAUCACCCUCAACCUCACCAACAAACCAUUGGACUUCUCCGUCAAGAUAAUGCUGAUGGUGAUGACGUACUUUUCUUAUAAUCUUAUAAUAUUCCCUAUAGUUGAUACAUUGUUUCCACUUAUGGAGAAAUACCUGCAAGAUAAGGGUAGAGGCCGGUUUACCAUAGGCCUAGUGCAUUACGCAUUUCGAUGGUUGAUUGCUAUAGUUUCAUUUGCGAUCGCUAUUGCUAUUCCAAACUUCAAGGACAUUAUUCCGCUUAUCGGAACGCUGACUGGGACCCUGUUAGCAUUAUUUUUGCCACCGCUUCUUCAUAUGACUAUUCCAAACCGGACCCACCUAUUCCCUACUCAUAAUCUAUUUUUCAAUGCAACGGCUGUGCAAGCCACUAGCGCUUUCAUUCGGACUUUUCAGGCCUGGUUGCGACUGGCACACAAAAAGAGUUUUGCAAGCAAAAAUUUUGAGGAACCACUCUAA